UAACCCACCUUUAAUUGCCCACUGAACCCACCUUUAAUCGAGUGCGAGUCAAAUGGCACUACAGCGGCUUUUUUUGUGGUAAAACAGCCACCGGCAGUCUCCGUCUAGCUCAAUCUUUUUUUAUUUGUAAUGCUUUAAUGUUGUGGGUGAGUUAGUUAAAUAGGACCGAUUAAAGACUGAAUUGUUUCUUAAAACACCACAAUCAAUCAUAUUCUUGAUGGGGUAAAGUAUUCCGAGUGACGUUCCUCAGACAGUCUGCCAGGCUGUGAUGCCAGUAUUUUUGCUGGGGUCUCUGUUGCUCGAGUUCUGUGUGCCUUCCUCUGGUCAACCUGACAGUGCUUCAGUGGGGCUUGAGCCGAGCUGGACGCGCAUCUCUGUUUCUCUCUUUCUUUAACUUUCCUUAACGGUACCUGUUUUUUUUGGGGUGGGGGGAUAAAAAAAAAGACACCAGACACUACGACUUGCGGGGAAAAAAAGAGGAGGAAGCAUGGACAAACAUGAAGCCAUUUUAGCACUAUGGUGAAUCAAGAAGCCGAGGAUGUUGGGAUUCAGCCCUUGUUCGGUCAGUGCUCGCAUGCUGUCAGAUCAGAAUGCCCUGGGUGUGCCAGAGAUGGACUGCAGCCCACGCAGUUACUUCCUGCCUCCACCAGAGACAGAGAGCUGGCGCAAACACCGGCUGGGUCUGGCGCAGGCCUCGCACUCUUGCACACUGCUGGAACCAGACAGCCUCUCAGAAAGCAGCUAUCUGUCGCGCACCGCCAGCAUGGAUGUGCUGUACGAGCUGCGAGCCAGGGAGGCCGACUCCACCACACUCUUCCCCUUCGACGGCACUGCUCCCCUGGCUAUAGACCAUGACAUCCCUGUCAGCCCUCAGGUCAUCAAGAGGCGCCGGGGCGGGCUAAUUGACCAGAGGGACAUCAUCCGGGCACACGAGGCUCACAAGAUGCAGAGCACACCUCAGGCCAAGCGCAAGGAGUGGGAAAUGGCACGGUUUGGAGACGGGGUGGCCGGCAGACUUGGAUCCGGAGAUGGUGGCUCAGAACGCAGCCGAAACAGACAGGGAGUCCCGGUCUCUUCUGGAGGAGUUUCAGCAGCUUAUAAACAGUCAAAAGCGCAAAGAGCACGAACGAUGGCUCUGUACAACCCCAUCCCUGUCAGGCAAAACUGUUUUACUGUCAACAGAUCUUUAUUCAUUUUUGGAGAGGACAACGUUGUCAGGAAAUACGCAAAGAAGAUAAUUGAAUGGCCAUAUCCUUUUUUAAACGGUAAACAUAUUACUGAACAUGAUACUGCACUGUCUUAAUUUUGUUUUUGAUAAAUAACCAACACCGUAAUGCAUAUACAUUUCUAAACAUUGUGCCAUUUAAAUUUUUUCGGAUGCUGGAGUGGGUCGUUUGCUCCACAAGCAUAAUAUAGCGUCUUUUUACAGUGCGUCUAACACUUAUAGUAGUAACCAGUUACUCUAACCCAGUAGCUUUGAUAGUAUAACCUUACUUUUAUCAAUAAUAUCGUAUGUAAGUCUAUGAAGCCACAAUGUCACUAGCAUCAAAACAAAAAAGACAUAGUUUAAAAGAGUUUACUUGGAGGUGUCCCUGUUAAUAUUGUGUAUGUUUUUGUACUAUUGACUAGUGUCUUUGGAGUUCGAGCCUCCAGCCAAUUUUAGUUAUGCCUCGCCUUUACUUUAUGCAUCCAUGCGUGCGAUGCCUAUACCGGGUGAUUCGGUCUGUAUCGUGGUGUGUCCAUAACCUCUCACGCUGCUUCUAUAUAUAUAUAAAACUGCUGAUCUUCUACAAUUGAGAUUCAAGCUGGUUAAGGCAUUUUAACAUUCAAGUUAUUGAGCGUAUAUCCGUUGGAAUAUAGGGACGAUGCCGACUGUCUGUCUUUAUUAUAUACGUGCAUUUUGUAAAUAA